AUAAAAAUGUUCCUCUCUGACACAACGAGCGCUUCGCAAAAUUACAAUUUUCUCUCUUUUCCAUUUCUCAUUUCCAAAAAUGCCACCGGCGAAGCGCAAAGCGGAGGGAGCUGCGGCGGCGGCGGCGCCUAUGAGAGUCACUCGUGCGGCGGCAGCGCGAGCCGCCGAGGUGGCUCCGCCGGCGUCGGAGGAGAAGAGGAAGGCGAAGAAGGCCAAAGUUGCUUCUAAGCAGCAGAAAAAGAAAGAAAAAGAAAGCGAAACUGUCGUUGAGAGUGAGAACAAAGUCGAAGAAGGAGACGCCUCUGAGAACGUUCUAGACGCUUCGAACAAAACCAUCGUCGUUGAACACUGCAAGCAAUGCAACUCAUUCAAGACGAGGGCCAAUCAGGUGAAAAAAGGACUAGAGAAGGCAGACAUUGGAAUCACUGUGAUUCUGAACCCUGAGAAGCCAAGAAAAGGUUGUUUUGAAAUACGGCAAGAAGGGAGCGGCAAAAAGUUCAUCACUCUGUUGGAUAUGAAGCGUCCAUUUAAAAGAAUGAAGGAUCUGGACAUGGACAACGUCGUCUCGGAUAUCAUUGAUGAAAUAUCAAAGGCUAGUUGAUUUCAGUUGUUUAGCAAGAGCCUUUUUAUGGCUUGACUUAUAGUGAAGCUAGACAUAUUGUUCUAAUGGUUGAAAUCCUACAAUGGAAACCUGUUCAUAAUGUGUUAGCUUAGCCGGUUGUAUGGUAGUUUUAAUUUGAGGUGGCGCAAUUUGAGAGGUGAGACAGUCAUUUUGGAUAUGUUCACUGUCUCGGAUGAAUACCAAAAACUACUAAUAGUUUUGGAUUUGUGUCUGAAGUCUGAACUAUAUUCAGGUUUACUUUGCAUUUUGAGAUCAAAUUACAUGUUAUCAUCUACAAUAUUUGUGUUUUUCUUUAGAAUGAUAAUGUAUCUAUUAAUAUUAUGCUUC